AUCCCUGCUGUUUUUUUAAUUACAGCAAAUAAGUUCCCAGUUCGGAACAGGGAAGAAAGAAUGUUGCAGUUGGCAGAGUUGGUGUACCUUCUAGUUUAUCUGUGUACAGUAUGGAAUAUGUUCAUAUCUUUCAGAGUAUGUGAUGCUGUACCAUUGCAGUCAGAAAGGAAUGCAACAAGUAUUUCACAAUCAAGGCCUUGCUGGGAGAAAGAAGAAUUCAGCAUUAUAAGAGAAUGCACUCCAUGUCAUGAUUAUGAAAAGACUGUGCACGUGGAAUGUACAUUUACUGGAUUUGUCGAAGAAGUAAAGUGUAUAUCGGACCAAAGGUAUAGGAGUUGUCGUUCAGUUGAAAUGGAAGAACUCAAGUUCUGGAAGUUUGAAGGAAUUAUGGUUUUGCUGGGGGUAAUCUUUGCUAUUAUUGUUAUGUUUAGACAAAGAACCCUAGAUAGACGUGCAGAACAAAAGGUGCAACGACAACUUGGGGUGAUUUAAUUAUUUCAUAACUUUUACUGAUGUUUGAAAGUUUUGGAAAAGAAAGAAUACCUUGUUUCUGAAUUAACUUUUCCUUAUGUUGAUUCUCAAUGUUGUGUUCAUUCUAAAAAAUCUGACCCAUGUACAUUGCAGAAAUGCAACAAUUCACAUUUUUGUUUUACUUUAAGUAUUGUCACUUUCCAGAUGGUUAUAAAUAUUGAUGUAAUUAUAUAGCAAAGCCAUUAAUAGUUACACUAUGUACAAUAUUUAUUGGCAAAGUUGUUGUAAUAUAAACUCUAUUUAUAUAGAAAAUUAAUAAAAUAGUUUGAAAGUCUGUUUGAUGUAUUGUUUUGUCACAUUUUUACAAGAUUUCAUUUGAAGCAACAUUUUCUUCUGUUUAAAACUACUGAAGUUGGGCAACGGCACUGAUUUGCAAUUCUUGUACCGUGUUAAGUUUUUUUUUUGUACUGAACAACUUUGUAUUCCUUCCUCACUGCCUACCUCAGCAGGAGUGUAAUUUAAAUGUUGUUGUAAAAUACAAUUUUGAACGCAUAUAUGUUGUCUCUUGGGUAUUGUUUGUGUGGAAUAAAGUUGUUAAAGUUCUCA